AUGGGUGGCUUCUGUGGCGGGGACAGGGGCGGUUUCCUAGCCCUCCUGGUCUGGCUUCAGCUUCUUCAGCCUCUGUUCAGUGGUACUUACAAACCCAGGGAAGAUUCCGGAGUGACGCACCGGCCCCAGAGGCCCCGGAGACCCCGGAGUGACCCAGAGGCCCCGGCACAGCAGAGUCGCUUGAAACCCUUGAGUAUUUCGCAUCCUUCAGGAGUUCCGGUGUCUGUAGACGGGACUGAGACUCCAGGAUCAGGGCCUCCUUCAGCGACCACAACCAAAAUUAUCUUGGAAAACAGGAGGAGCUCUCUAGAAGGACCGUUUUUUUCAGACACUUGCGGCCAUAGAAUUACAGAGAUAAAUCCUGGAAGUUUAUCUGCAGGGAGGAAGUGGCCUUGGCAGGUGAGUCUGCAGAGUCAAAAUGAGCACGUAUGUGGAGGCUCCCUCAUCAGCCACCGAUGGGUGUUGACUGCGGCCCACUGCAUAUAUGAGCAGGAGGAGUACAUGGUGAUGUUGGGUGACAACAUGUUGCAUUCUGAAUCUGAAAGUGUGACCCUGGUCCCGGUCCAGGACAUCAUUUUCCCUUCCAACUUUGACAUUCGAACCAUGAGGAAUGACAUUGCCCUUGCUCUGCUGUACUUCCCGGUGAAUUACUCCUCGCUCAUCCAGCCUGUGUGCCUUCCUGGAGAGCCCUUCCGAGUGAAAAAUGGGACAGUGUGCUGGGUGACUGGCUGGGGCCAACAGAACGAAACUGAUGCAGGGUUUGCCUCCGUUCUCCUCCAGGAGGUUCAGCAACGCAUUCUUCUCCAGAAGCACUGUAAUAAGCUGUUCCAGAGACAGCUGGGAACAUCGAAAAACGUAGUGAUUAAAGGGAUGAUCUGCGGUCUGCAAGACUCGGCACAGAGUCUUUGUUGGGGAGAUUCUGGGAACCCCCUUGUCUGUGAAUCUGACAACACGUGGACCCAGGUGGGGAUCAUGAGCUGGGGCAUAAACUGCAAUCGAGUCCCUAUCCUCUCAGUUUACACGGACGUCGCCGAGUACAAUGAGUGGGUCAGCUAUGUUUUAAAUCUGGCUUCCCGUGUGGAUCCCAUGGACGUCUUGGUGCUAUACCUGUCUCCGGUGUUUCCCCUGGCCCUCCUGGUAGCUCUGUGGCCUCAUCUCCUGUCUUCCUGA